UCCAUCACCUUCGACGAUUCUUCCACCACGAAAUACCUCUCGAUAAAUCACGACUCAUCUGUCAACAUCAUUCAUCCAAUUGAACCACAACUACCAGCACAGCCUCCGCCACCAUGCCGGGCUUCGACUUCAGCAACCACAACCGCAACCUCGCGCUCCACGCUCAGGGCGUCCCUCUUCCCAAAGCCACAUCCACCGGAACGACCAUCGUCGGAUGCUUAUAUGAUGGCGGUGUGGUCAUUGCCGCAGAUACGCGAGCGACGAGUGGUCCCAUCGUAGCAGACAAGAACUGCGAGAAGCUCCAUUACAUCUCACCUCAGAUCUGGUGUGCCGGUGCAGGAACCGCCGCUGAUACCGAAUUCACCACCGCCAUCAUCUCCUCCAACCUCGAACUCCACGCUCUCUCCACCGGCCGCAAACCACGCGUCGUCACAGUCAUGACUCUCCUCAAGCAGCAUCUCUUCCGCUACCAAGGUCACAUCGGCGCAUACCUCGUCGUCGCCGGCUGCGAUCCCACCGGCUCCCAUCUCUUCACCGUACAUGCUCACGGAAGCACCGACAAGCUCCCAUACGUCACCAUGGGUUCCGGAUCUCUAGCUGCCAUGUCCGUGUUCGAAACAUCAUGGAAGCAAGAUCUCAGCCGGGAGGAUGCCGUGAAGCUGUGCUCAGAGGCAAUUCAGGCCGGUAUCUGGAACGAUCUGGGCAGUGGUAGCAACGUGGACGUGUGUGUCAUCACACCAGAGAAGACGGAGCUGCUGAGGAACUACAUCACACCCAACACACGUGAGAAGAAGAUGCGGGACUACAAGUUCCCGCGUGGUACUACGGCGAUUCUGAACGAGAAGAUCAUCACGCGCGAGCAGAUCAGCAAGUACGUGACGGUGCAAGACAUUGGAGAUGGCGAGGCGGGUGUGGGAGAGAAGAUGGAUGUGGACACUCAGCCGUCGGCGUAG